AUGGAUUCAGAUCCACAGUCAUCUGCAUUUUCUUUUUACGAUGCAAGCCAGGAUACACAGAUCAAUCUUACGCCUUCGCAGGACGACCUCAGUUCCACAUUUACUCCGAUGGUGGAAACAGAAAGGGUCAAGGUGGUGUGGGGAACGACAAUAGAUGUGCACGAGACAGCAGAGCGGUUCAAGGAGUUUGUGAGAAGGGAAGGAAGAUAUUUUGACGCUAUUGAGCAGAUGGAUCUUACCGAGGAGUUUGUGUUUGAUCUUGACUGUACAGACCUUGAGGAUGAAUUGAGGCGGCAGGUUGAGAUGUAUCCGCAGGAGGUGCUGCCUAUAUUGCAGAACUCGUUGCAGGAGGUGUUUACCGAGAGCUUUCCGAGCUUCAGCCGGCAGAUAAGGAUUCGGCCGUAUGGGGUUGGCGAUGUGGUUUCCAUACGCAACAUCGAUCCCGACAGAAUCGAUCGUCUUGUGCAGGCAACGGGAAUGGUUGUUAGAACGUCGUGUGUGAUUCCUGAGAUUACAAGGGCGUUUUUCAAGUGCCUGAGAUGCAUGAGGGAAUGCUUUGCUGAGAGUGUGAAGAAUGUAAUUGAGGAGCCGAGCAAGUGUGAAUGCGGAGGGAGAUAUACGCAGCAGAUUGUGCACAACAGAAGCGAGUUUGAAGACAAGCAGGUGGUGAAGAUCCAAGAACUGCCUGAAGGAACGCCGGAUGGAGCAACUCCGAUGACGCUUACUGUUGUGUGCAGGAACGAGUUUGUCGAUGAGCUUGUUCCUGGAGACAGGGUGAGGAUAUCUGGGGUUUUGAAGGCGACGCCGGUGAGGCUGAAUCCUGUGAUGAAGAAGAUCAAGAGCUCGUUCAGAGUGUAUGUUGAGCUGAUGAACUACAAAGUAGAGAAGCGGAAGGAGAAUGAGGAAGGGCUUAUUGGGCGGAUUGAUGAUCUUCGCAGGAGACUUGAUGUGUAUGAGGUGCUGGCGAACUCGAUAGCACCAUCGGUGUGUGGGAUGGAUGAUGUCAAGAAGGCGCUUCUUUUACAGCUGUUUGGAGGAAUAAGAAAGGAGCUUGGAAGCUCAAGGCUGAGGGGAGACAUCAAUGUGCUGCUGGCAGGAGAUCCUGGGAUAUCUAAGUCACAGCUGCUGGGGUUUAUACAUAGGAUAUCUGAACGGGGAAUAUACACGAGUGGUCGUGGAUCGAGUGCCGUGGGGCUUACGGCAAGUGUGUCGAAGGAUGUUGACUCUGGGCAAUACAUCCUGGAGUCUGGAGCGCUUGUACUGUCUGAUGGGGGCAUAUGCUGCAUUGAUGAAUUUGAUAAGAUGAGUGAGAAUGCAAGGAGUGUUUUGCACGAGGUGAUGGAGCAGCAGACGGUAUCUGUUGCAAAGGCGGGGAUAAUAACAACGCUGAAUGCAAGGUGUUCGAUAUUGGCAAGUUGCAAUCCGAUAGAAAGCAGGUACAAUCCGAAGAAGAGCAUUGUUGAAAACAUCAACCUUCCGCCGACGCUGAUCAGCAGGUUUGAUGUUGUCUGCCUGUUGAUAGACAAGCCAGAUGAGAUGCAUGACCGGGAAAUAGGAGAGCAUAUUGUGUCGAUGUAUUGCGAGCCUUUGAAGAGGAAGGAAAGCAUUGAUGUUGAUUUGUUCAGAGCAUAUGUGAAGGAAGCGCAAAGAGUUAUGCCAAAGCUGACACCGGAGAGUAUGAAGGAGCUAACACAAUGCUAUGUUGAUCUGAGGCAGCUGGACAACGGGAAGACCAUAACAGCAACAACAAGGCAGCUGGAGAGCCUGAUAAGGCUAAGUGAAGCGCAUGCAAGGAUGAGGUUUUCUGAAACCGUUGACUGUGUGGAUGUGAAGGAGGCGGAACGGAUCAUCAGGGAGAGUCUUUUGAUGUAUGCAAUUGAUCCCUCUACCGGGAAGAUUGACAUGGAUAUGGUGAUGACUGGUAGAAGUGUAUCCAGGAGUAGGAUGAUGGAAAGCCUGAAAGAGGCGAUUUUGCUGAUGGCCGGAGACAGGGCCAGUGUUGCCGAGGUGAUUAAGCAUACUAGAGCGGAUGAGAAAAUGGUCAGAGAAGCGUUGGACGAGCUUGUAUUGGAGGAUAAAGUUGCCCUGUCUGUCCACGGUGAUUGUUAUGAGAAGAUAAAUACAAAUUGA